CAUUGUCCAUUUUGAGUGUUUGACCAAAAUAUAGCAUUAUGUAUAAAUAAACCUGGCCUCCCAAAUAGAUCUUGAAAACUGAAGAGGUACACCGUCGAUCGUGAUAGCCGAAAAUGGGACAAUCUUAUAAUGUAGCGGUCAUCGGUGCUGGCACUGCAGGGCUUGUUACGGCCAGAGAGCUUCAAAGAGAAGGUCACCGUGUCACUGUAUUUGAAAAGGCCAACCAAGUUGGCGGUACAUGGCUCUAUGAUUCACUGGUGGAAUCUGACCUAUUAGGCCUCGACCCGAAUCGGGAAAUAGUUCAUAGUAGCCUCUACAAAUCCCUUCGAACUAACCUUCCUAGGCAGGUUAUGAGUUUCUUGGACUAUCCAUUUGUGAAGAGAGAAAGUGGAGAUACAAGGCCUUUUCCGGGUCAUGAAGAGGUGCUCAGGUUUCUCCAAGACUUUGCUCGGGACUUUGGGUUGAUGGAGUUGGUUCGAUUUGGGCAUGAAGUGAUUCGGGUGGAGCUAGUUGAUGAGGUGAGUCACGAGUGGGUUGUUGAGUCUAGGACUCGAGAGACCGAGUCAAGAUGGGAAUCCAAAGAAGAGGUUUUUGAGGCUGUGGUUAUUUGCAAUGGUAAAAACACAGAGCCAAAAGUUGCAGAAUUUCCAGGCAGGGAUACUUGGCCAGGAUUACAAAUGCAUAGUCAUAAUUAUCGAACUCCAGAACAGUUUGAAAAUAAGAUAGUGGUGCUCAUCGGGAACGGACCAAGUGCCACCGACAUUUUGAGAGAGAUCUCCCCUCUUGCAAAACAAGUUCAUUUGGCUUUCAGAGGAUCCGAUAUCAAGUUGAUAAAUCUGAAAAAUUAUGAUAACGCCUGGCCACAUUCACCGAUUGAAUGCGCUCACGAAGAUGGUAAAGUGGUAUUUCAAGAUGGAUCAAUUGUUGAGGCAGAUGUCAUUAUUCAUUGCACUGGGUACAAAUUCCACUUACCAUUUCUCAAGUCAAAUGGGAUUGUUACCGUGGACGAUAACCGUGUCGGACCUCUGUAUAAACAUAUAUUUCCACCGAGCUUAGCCCCUUGGCUUUCUUUUGUGGGACUAAAUUACAGGGCACUGGUGUUUAGAGUAAUAGAGUUACAAGCAAUAUGGGUAGCAAAAGUUUUGUCCGGCAAGGUGAAGCUGCCAACACAAGAAGCAAUGGCAGCUUCUGUUGAAGAAUUUUACGAGCAGAUGGAGAAGGCCGGAUGGCCCAAAUAUCAUACUCAUAGCCUUCAGAAUGACGAGGGCGAGUAUGCAAGUUGGCUUGCUGCUCAGUCGGACAUCAGGCCCCCGAAAUCGUGGGAAGAAAUAACGUUUUUCAGCUUCGUGAAAGGCAUAUUCGGUCAUGGUGAAAAUUUUCGAGAUACAUGGGAUGUUGACAAAUGGAUACAAGAAAUAGAAUCUUCUGAUUAACUUGCUCAUACCAUAAAUCAUCUAGAUCAACAUUAUAUAUACUCCUUGCAUGUCAGAUAUACUAUAUUUACAUGCACAGGUUUUUUUUUUGUAUUCCUAAAUUGUUCUUUUAUCAUUUGAAAGUGAGAUGGCUUACUUCCCUGUCUCACACACUUAACCAGCUUUACAUAUCAGAGACAGUAAGAAACAGAAAUACAGUAGAAUUUCAUCUGAAA